AAGCCCCCACAUCCCAACACCUUCAUUAGAGGUAACCGUUUGGUAAGGUGGGAGACAAACUUAAAGACGAAACCGAAAAGAAAUUGUCUUCAAAGAGCUACAAUAAAAGAAUGGGCUCCUCUGCUGUACAGAUCGUGUGUGUGGCACUGGGAAUUUUAGGUCUCAUUGCUGCGGUCGUGACCAUUGCGGUUCCAAGAUGGAAGGUUUCUGCCUUUAUUGGUCAGAAUAUUAUCACUGCACAGGUUCAGGAGGAGGGCUUGUGGAUGCAGUGUGUGGUUCAGAGUACCGGACAGCAGCAGUGUAAGUCCUACGACUCGCUGCUUAUCCUGAGCUCUGACAUUCAGGCGUCCCGUGCCAUGACCAUAAUCAGCUGUAUGCUCGCUGUCCUGUCCCUGCUCAUUCUGUGCGCCGGAGCCGACUUCACCACCUGCAUUGACAACGAAGACGUCAAACCCAAAGUGAGUCUGGUGUCCGCCAUCGCGCUGAUCAUUGCGGGCUUGUUGAUGAUCAUCCCCGUCAGCUGGGCGGCUAAUAAUAUCAUACGCGAUUUCAACAAUCCACUGAUCGAUCAGUCUCAGAAAAGAGAGUUGGGUGCAUGUAUUUUCGUGGGCUGGGGAGCAGGAGUCUUGCUCCUGCUAGCCGGAGGCCUGCUGUGUUGCUUCAGCAGACCCCGCUCUGGAGGAUCGGGCGGAACAGCCAAAUACUACAGCAAUAGCGCCUCAGCACCAAGCAAGAAUUAUGUGUAGAUAAAGAAAAAUGUGUUAAACUAAUAAGUAGUAGUCGUAGUAAUUAUAGCUGGAGUCUAAAAUGGGUCAAUGUUAUGCUCAAUGUUGGCUCACACUGAAAAUAAGUAACAGCAACAUUUUGUCACAUUUAGCUUCAAACUAUGUUUAAAAAAAACUGGUAUGAAUUUUUGACGGUAAUUUUUAGCGCAUUUACAUCUAUAUUUGUCAACUUGGAGAUAUUUUAAAUAAUUCAAUCUAAAUGUUAACAUUUCUAUUUAACAUUUCCAUUUAGAUUUAAAAUGUAUUUAGCAUUUAGAUUUAAAAUCUAGAUUUAGAUUUAACAUUUAGGUGUAACAUUUAGAUUUAAUAUUUAGAUUUAACAUUUAGGUGUAAUAUUUAGAUUUAACUAUUUUAAAUAUCUCUAAGUUGACAAAUAUAGAUGUAAAUGCGAUAAAAAGUGACCGUAAAAAAUUCAUACCAGUUUUUUAAACAUAGUUUGAAGCUAAAUGUGACAAAAUGUUGCUGUUAUUCUAACGGCGCCCCAUAAUGUUAGCAAGUAGUCUUUAGUGGUUGGUUGGAAAUGAGAAAAAGGUCAAGAUCUAGAAAAAUGUAAAUAUUAUUUGUUAGGAGUAUUCACAGAAAUACAGUCGUUAAGCUUUUUAAUGAAUUAGUUUUAUAUCUUUUACAAUUUUCUGCUGCGAUUUUUCAGUGCAGCUAAUAAACUAAGCACUUGUUUAUUAAAAUUCAGGGAUGGGCCAAGCUUGUGUCCAAAAUACUUUCAGGUCAUUGCAUCUGUGCCAGUCCUUGGCAUUUCAAAAAAUGUUACUGAAUAAAUGCGGUUGUAAACUUUACAGUGCUUAGGCCACUUGGCCUAUUUUUUGAGUAAUAACAAACUUUUCAAUAACUUUUUAGUAUAUGGGAAUCUACUGCCAAUACUGUACAGUUGCUACACAAUUUUUGUUAGUUCUCUAAGAAUUUCUCUGUUUGUUUUUGUAUUGUGUAUUUGGUCAUAACCAUUUCCAUUGUCUUUCAUAUAUUUUCAUUAAAACUGAACGAUUUAAGACAUUUGUGUGUGUAGAAUGAA